CAUGCUUACCCCGAUUGGGAAACUCUUAUUGAUCUUUCUUCCAACAGCGAUUUCCCGAUCCAAAUUUGGGGUCGAUUAACAUCGAAAGCACGACUCGGAGGAACUAGUUCAGGUGUAGUAAACCUGUCGACCCUCAGAUCAAUCGGUGGUUCUCCAAACCCGACAUUUGACAAGACUCUGUUCGAUCACCACGAGUUUCGUUCCUCUUCUUCGCCGUUAGUAUCAUAUUCACCAUACAGACAAUUCCACGCCAGAUUCAUCUCUCAACUUAUCAAAACCAAUGGGAAGCGUUUGUUUCUUGUCGAUACACUCGCUUUGGUUAGGAGCUUAGAAGCACAAGGCCUGCCUUCAAAGCAAGCCGAGGCAAUAACCGCUGCUAUAACUGAAGUUCUUAACGAUAGCUUAGGUGUUGUUUCACAGUUGGUUGUCUCCAAGGGAGAGAUGCAGAAAGCUGAAAUGACGCAGGAAUCAAACUUAUCCAAGUUCAAAAGUGAGAUUAACAGUUCACUGGACCACCAUUUCUCUUUGCUGCAACAUGAGAAUGAGAAACUCCGCAAUGACAUAGAGCGAAUCCGCUCUGAUAUAAGACACGAGAUUGACAAAGUCACAGCAGGACAACGGUUGGACCUAAAUCUUGAAAAAGGGAGGAUAAGAGAUGAGUUACAAAAUCAAAACGCCGAAACCUGUAACCUUACAAACAAGCUUGACCGUGAGAUUCACACUUUGAGAGCUCAGCUGGAAGCAGCCAAGUACGAGGUGAUCAAGUACUGUAUUGGUACACUUGUUUCCAUCUCAGCCGUAGGUCUUGCUGUCCUCCGGAUCGUCAUGUAACUUCAUUCGACGGUGUGCCGGUUUUAAGACCAACUCAUCAUCUUUGCUGUUUUUUUUUCUAAUCACGAGAUGAAAUGUUGGUCUGUGCUCCAUAUCUUGUUCAUUAUUUGUAUGUUUGAUGUAAUUUUAUUUCUUCCUUUUUUUUUAUGUGAAAGAAAUAAAGACUAACCCAGUCUAGUAAAUUUGAACCCUUCACGUAAAUGAUGUACUUUCACGGGAAAAA